GAUUCUUUGAAGUGAAGAAGAAACUCCAUAGAAUCUUGUUUUGAGAUCUGUUUUACUCUGAAAUUCUCUUUGGUUUUCUCCUCCAUGGCUGCACCGUUUUUCUCCACCCCUUUUCAACCUUACGUUUAUCAGAGUCCCCAAGAUGCUGUCAUCCCCUUUCAGAUUUUGGGUGGUGAGGCUCAAGUGGUUCAGAUAAUGUUGAAGCCACAGGAGAAGGUUGUUGCAAAGCCUGGUUCUAUGUGCUUCAUGUCUGGAUCUAUUGAAAUGGAAAACACGUAUGUGCCUGAAAACGAAGUGGGAGUGUGGCAAUGGCUUUUUGGCAAGAAUGUCACUAGCAUUGUUCUCCACAAUCCAGGUUCAAAUGAUGGAUUUGUUGGAAUUGCUGCACCCUCUCUUGCAAGGAUUCUCCCGAUUGAUUUGGCAAUGUUUGGGGGACACCUUUUAUGUCAGCCAGAUGCAUUUCUUUGCUCCGUCAAUGAUGUGAAGGUCAAUAAUACAGUUGAUCACAGGGCUAGGAAUGUUGUCAGUGGAGUAGAGGGAUUUCUGAGGCAGAAGCUAUCAGGCAAUGGUCUUGCCUUUAUUGUUGCCGGUGGAUCUGGUAUGCAUCAUAUCACUGAUUCAUAUUCUUGUGGAAAAAAAUUCUUUGCAUUUCUCUUUUUGCUAGUUGUGCAGAAAAAUCUUGAGGCGGAUGAGGUACUGUCUGUUGAUGUAUCUUGCAUUGUCGCCCUUACAACCACAGUGGGUGUCCAAAUUAAAUACAAUGGUCCCAUGAGAAGGGCAGUCUUUGGGGGUGACAAUUUAGUAACAGCUGUUCUAACCGGACCUGGCAUCGUCUUCAUCCAGAGUUUACCCUUCCAUCGGCUUUCUCAAAGAAUUGCCAGGGCGGUCACCUCUCCAAACAUGAGGGAAAAUCCGAAGUUUUUUGUUCAGAUAGCCAUUUUCUUCUUCCUGGCAUAUGUUGUAAUUGUAUCUUCGUUAAUAUUGACUGAUGCAUGAUUCUCUUUCUUCUUUUUCUUCUUCUUCUUCUUCUCUUUUUUUUUUUUUUUCUGAUUUUUAGGUCACUAAGUUACUUAUUUCAAUUGUUUCCUUCAAACACUGUUUGAGCAGAAAACAUGAUGAGUGAUUGUUUAAAUAACUCAAAUAUAUGUAGUUUUUGUUU